CAGCCAUCGCCCGUCUUCCCCUCGCGCAGCCACACCCCAACUCCUCAUCCAACCCUCCCGCGACCAGAGCACACCCCAGGCCGCCGCCAUCUCCUUCGUCCAACCGGCUGCCGCCUUCGCCAAUUCCUUCUCCCCUUCCGUCCUCCUCCUCCCGCAUGCCCCCCGUUCGUAACCCUAGCAAUGGAUGAGGAGGCUGAGCCGCUGCCCGCCGCCGGCCAUGGCCUUCCUCUCCUCUUCCUUGGUCGCCUCUUCCUCAUCAAGGCAGUUAGAGCGGAUGGCAUGUCGGUGCGGAGAGGCAGAAGCUGCCGUCUCUGCCGGUCGACGACGGAGAAACGGCCGCAGCCGAGGAGGACGGCCAUGGAGGGGAGGGCGCGGCCUCUAUCCGGAUGAGGGGAGCAGCGGCCGCACCCAUCUUCUUCCUGAGCAGCGGCCGACGGCCUCGGCUUGGAGCUUCGCCCUCUUAUUCGCGCGCGGUGCAGCAGCGACCUGAGGGCGAGUUCAAGGCACAGUGGUGGUUCCAGCACACGACGCAGGGGGAUGCGGCGGUGCUUCCUUGCCUCAUCAGUCCGGCGGCAGAUGCACGCCCGACAUUGCCAUGGAGGCUCCGACCCCGACGCACCCUCCUGGUUCCUGGUUGCAUCUCCCCCUGGUUUAUCUACACUCUUCUCAGCCUGGGAAUCAUCAUGUGCUUGCUGACCUGCUCGGGCCACAUCGCCGCUGAAACUGCAAACAACCCCUGCCUGUCUUGUCACGUGAUCUUUGUAUUCUUGCUUGUGAUGCUGGAAGCUGCAAUCGGCGCCGAUGUAUUUCUUAAUAGCUACUGGGAGGAGGUAAGGAGCACUUCAGCUGCUAUAUACUUGCUAUUUCUGUGUGUAUUUUAGAACCAAAAUAAGGUCUCUUUUGUCGCCAAUUUUUUUGCUGGAAUGGAAGUCGUCUUAAGAACAAAAUGAAAUUAUGACUGGUCGAACCUGAGAAAGUUUACUUCUAAAAUAUAUCCAUAUGUCUUCUUAAGAACAAAAUGAAAUUAUGUCUGCCCGAACCUGAGAAAGUUUCCUUCUAAAAAUAUGCCCAUAUGUAGUUUGCAUAGUAUGGCCUUUUCUUUUCACGUAGUAUGAGAAAUACAUGCAGUGCUCUACUUAAGAUAUUCUCUUCAAAAUGACAUCUCUAAAUUACUUGAUCGCAGAUCAUUAUUGAGACAUGUUUGUUGCGUAUUUUUCCUUUUUAUUUUUCACCCUUGCAUCGAGUGGUUUAUUUAUCAGGUCUGUUUUAUGUUAUUUUCUCUGUUCCAAUAUAAAUAUUCAUUUUAAAGGUUUGCUUCCUGGUGUUCUAAUUUGGGAUUUCUUGCCCUACUUUUGGCAGUACCUCCAUCAAAAUUAGAAAGACGUUUAAGUAAUGUUGUGUUUUUUGGGCCAUGCUUGUGGAUAUACUCACUCCGUUCCUAAAUAUAAGCCUUUUAGAGAUUCCAUGCAAUUUAUAAAUUAUAAUUUCAGUGAUGUCUCAUCCUUCUCAUUUGUUGUCCAGUUUUUUCUUAGAGUAAUGGUCUUAUGAUUCUGUUUGUAUCUAAUGCCAUUUUCUAUGUUUUUCUUACUUAUUUUCAGGACAAAUCCCACCAGACUUAGCUCUAAAUGAAGUUAUCAUAAGAGUAAGUAAGCAGCACUUGUUGUUCUGUUUUCUGAUUCUAUUGGGAAAGCUCAAUAUUUGCAGUGUAAGAUCAAACUUUUGCUUGCAGAAUAUUGAAUGUGCGCUAAAAAGUAUGCAGAUUUACUCAUGAGGGCAGAAUCCUGUGAAUUUCUUUUGAAUCGAUUGCUCAAUUAGGAAUAAUACAUGAUAGACAUUUUAUUUUAUAACACCCGUGAUGAGGACAUGUGGUGCGUAAAUUCUAUUCAUAAGUUUUGAGGUCAUAAAUUAUAAUCUCGCUGUCCAAUUAAACACAGUGUUAUAUGAAUCUCCAUCAGCAGAUCCUUGCAGCGCAACAUGCAGGGUGAGCCAGAUGGCAUGGCGUUCAAACAAAGCCAUAUUUUUAUUUAGUCUGCUAUAUAAUGUACUGCUAUCACUAUAUGGCAUAGAAGAACCAUCUAAAUCUGUUAUCCUGGACUGCCAGUGGCUUGCUUUUGGUGUAUCAGUGUAUUUUUGAACUGGAUGAAGAAAACCUAUCACCAUAUGUAAUCGAUUUGGUACUACGGUACCAUUUUCUAUGGGAUGCAUGUAUUCUGCUUGCUCCUACCUCUUUCAUUACGAAAUA